GCUGGCCGUCAGUCAUUCAGUAACCAUCAGAGAGCAGUCAGUCAACGUGAGAAACGAAGAGGAGUGAUUCUGCUUGCGACACAACACAUACAGUUAAGAUACAACAAGAAGGAAGUACAGGGAAAAAAGUUAAUUUUUCAGGCGUAAAAUUUCUUCCGCUCGAGACGCAGACGGUGCAGGAAAACUAGUGCAAAGUGUAGCCUGAAUCGCCAACAUUUAAUUGAUUGUUGCUUGAAGGGCAAACUGUGUUUUUCCGUCCCACACCAGAUCCGGGAAUCGAGGCUGGAGCAGAGAAAAAUGAAGAGGAUUCGCUGACGAUUUUGCGACUCAAGGAAACUAUUUGACCGGUUCGACACAGGCGAGGAACGUUAGUGGGCCCACGGGAAAAGGUGGAGUGUAACAAAGCUAACUUAUCGUUUUACUAUUACGGCCACCAGUGGGUGGACCAACUCGUGCUGCGAUGAGCACCAACGAUGACCAGUGGCUAAAGGAAGAUGGUUAUCUGAAUGUGGACAGCGAUUCGGUCGGGAUUGUGUACCACCCGUUUCUGAAUGUGAUUCUGGUGUUCACCCGUUCCAGCGAGGUCAAGGUGCUGGAUGUGAACUCCGGUGUUAUACUCCAAAGUUAUCAAAUUUCUGACACGUAUCGACCGCGAUGUCGUUAUUUGCCAGACCAGGACAAAAUAUUGUUCUGGAAUGGUCGCAAUGUUUCGAUGCGCGGGGACUACAACGGAGUGUUGCUACUAGACACUAUUCUGCAAGCACCAAUCGCACAGGCAGAUGACAACAUCCAAAUAGAACUGCUACUGUCCGAGGCAGUUCUGUUUUUACAGUGUCUGCAGAAUCUUGAACAGCAUGGAUUGGAAAAUACGGCGGAUGUGACGAAUGAAUUAACACUGAAAAUCGGUGAAGCUCAACAGCAUGCAAAACGGGGCAUCAAGGCACAGAAGUGGGAAACAAUUUGUCUAGAAUUACCGCAUUCAUCAUUGCGAAUGGUUGCUGGCGGAAUGGUGAUGCAGUUGAAACGUUUAGACAGGCACAUCCCUGCCCUCGCAAUCGCAUCCGCUAUCAACGAAAGGCUGACGGAUCUUCUUCAAGGUGCCCGUGUGACCGAACCAUCGGCGCUGAAUCGGUUUCACAUGUUUUCUGAGGCUACCCGAAGGCAGACGUUCGAAGGAUGGCCUCACAUGGAUUACAAGUGGGUUCUGCCGGAUCAGAUGGCCCAAGCUGGCUUCUAUCACUAUCCGGGCGAUAAUGGAAACGAUGACCGCGCGAUGUGUUUUACGUGCAACGUAUGCUUGGUGUGUUGGGAGAAAACCGACGAACCGUGGAGUGAACACGAGCGACAUUCACCCGAGUGUCCGUUUGUGAAGGGUGAAUUCACUCAAAAUGUUCCAUUGUCGGUUACGUACGCUACUAGCCCUGCGGUUUCGACGGGUGGAUUUGGUAUCAUAUCAUCUGGAGAUCGUGGAAAUGUCUUUUGCACGGGGAACACAUCGGGUGAAGUCACGGUGUGGAAUGUUGAGCGACAGCUGAAGAAUAUCUACGACUUCAAAGUGAAACUGCAUCCGGAUAUUCUUACCACAACGUCGAUAGGUCCCAAUGCCACAAUCAACGAUAUUGAACUGACCGCCCUUUCUACGUACUUUGUCAAGCCGCUUGGAGGAAUCCCAAAAUCCCGAAUAGCAACCCUUUCGCUGAAACCAAGGAUGCUCGGUACUAAAAUUAUCUGUGGCAUCCGAGUGCAUAACAUUGAACCAGGAGACAACAAACCAGAAACUACACUACUUUUGAUUGUCUAUAACAUCGAGGACCCGAUCUGUUCAGAAGAAAACCCUCCAGCGCUCGGAAGUAAUAAGCAAGUAAGCAGUCCUAGUCCGAAUUCACCGAUUUAUCCUCCUGUGAAAAAAUCUUCACUCAGUACAAUCGACGAAAUGUACGAGGACUGCUUUGUGAAGUUUUUCUCCGAUAAUCAGGAUACGCAGCUACUAGAAUCGAUCGAUAAUCUCAUCUGCAUGGAUGCCCUGAAGAAAACCGAAGCUAAGCUCAGUCAACAGUUCGGUACUAGCUUUAGCAAAUUGAUCGAAGCUUCCUCGUCGUCUUCAACCGUUGGAUCGACGGAAAAGUCGGCUGUAAAUGAUUUCCCGAUAUCCGCCAUAACCCUACCGAUGAGUUUGAACCUAGGUUCCAGCAAGGGACCAACAAGUAUGCUUCUGCCGACGUCGGAACAAGUUAGCACUGGAACUUCGUCUACCCAGUUAAUAUCGGUAAAAUCUUCCGUACCGGACAGUGUCGGCAGUGGAAACGUAUCGACUUCGCUAUCAACCGCAACCAGUCUGACAUCGGCAAACUGUGACAUUAGCUGCAUUCCGUUGCAAUACGUUGAGAUUCCGGAUCGAGGGUCUCAUCAAAAUUUUCGUAUAGAAGAAAUUGUUCCUUCAAGUGACAACAAAUAUCUGCUGGUGGUGUUACGAAUAAAUCAAAAGGAUGAACAAAAUUCGGAUGUUUUGGAGAACGUCGAGGAUGAUCCAAAGACGGGAGAAGAAGAGAUUCCGGAGAUCAUUCAGACGGAUGACUGUGAGAGUGAGUGGAAAACGGUGCUUUAUUUGUACCAUUUGAAUGAGGAAGGCUUGGUCAAAGCCGACGAUCCGCUUGUCAAGUUGUUGACUAUGGAAGAGACUCCCGUGGAGAUUGUUAUGUUGCCAAGAUGCGACAGCACUGGACGUAGCUUCGGUGGCCCGGAUACGGAGAACGGUAUCUUCGUAAUGACUUGUACCGAUGGAAAGUUAAGGCUCGUGUCGUUGAAAACCCUGAACAUUAUUUCCGAAGCGAGCAUCAAAGAUGACAGAUUCGUAUCGGCGACCUACUGCAAGAGCUUGGAACGUUUGUGCGGUUGUACUGCGAAAGGUUGUCUACAUUUCUAUUCGUUUUAUGACUUGGAUGCUGAUUCCAGUGACGAAAGAGAUGACGACAUGACCUGCAUGUUUACCAGUAGCAGCAACAACAACAACAACAACAAUCCUAAGCUGAGCAAUGAACCAAUGGAUCAAAUGCAGUAUAAUUUGGAUACUGCCGGAUCCUCUACUGCGGUUGCUGCGGCCAAUUUGCUAAAAUAUGAAGCAACUCCAUCAACAUCUAGCUCCCCGGCACAGAUUAUGACUGCCCUUAGUAGUAACGCGAAUGCCACCGGAGGAGAUAGUCACCCCUCGGAUGUCCUACUGGCAUACAAAACGGAUAUUUCGAUGAACACAUUACGCGUGCUGUACUCUCUAACGCUGUUCAAUGAAAUGCUUACGCCAUACUCGGCAGAGGUUCCCGCAUGUUGGAGUGAACUGGAGCAGGCCCAGAAGCAACGGCGACAUCCGCAGCAUCUGCGACCCGGCGAUGAUACACAUCUAACCAAAACAUGGAGGCUACAUAAUGACGCCACAACGUGGGAUGAACAUUUAAUCGAGCUUAACUUGCCGAAAUGCACCUCGCUAGGUCAUAUCGACUUCAAGUUUUCCCUGUAUCAACCCUGCACGAACCCGCCUGCCAUUCAGGUGACCUUGCUGAAGCAAAAAUCGAUUGGACUAUGUUCGCGGCGCAAGACACAGUCGAUCAACCGUGUGGACGAGUCCAUCAAUUUCAACAUCGGCUCGGCGGAUGGGAAAAAUUCAAUCGAAAAUCCCGUGCUCAGUGAAGAAUAUCUACAAGCAAGAAAUGCGGAAAUUUUGGUAGGUCCGAUAGAGUUGGCGUCGUGUAUGGACUUGAGCGAACAGGCCGGAUCAGUCACGUUGACCAGCCCGAAACUUCUUAAAUCCAAAGGGCGAAAUUAUCUGCUUCACAUAAAAACGAUGACGGACCUGUCCAAGGAUGGACAGGCGAAAACAAGAGUUCCAGUGCGUAAGAAGGGCAUAACCAGUAUCCUGCUAACAUCAUUCGCAAAUAUAUCGCAACAAAAUCACACCACAGCUACGAAUCACGCGACAACGGCGGCGGCGGCGGGGACCACGGGCAAGGACGGCAUCAGUUUCUUUCCCGACUCCGCCGGCCCUAACAAGCCGCGCAAAAAUGACUUUUACAUAGGUUGCGACUGGCUGAAUGAGAUAUCCGUUACGGUGCGAUCGACCCGACAGGUGUAUAAAAUCGAGAACGAACGAGCACAACGGUUGGCCAUGUUGGACUCCAAUUUGCUACUGGAAAAUUUGCUCAAAUUGCUGUACACCGACGACGAAUCACUUCAGGCACAGCAAAACGUUAUCCUCGAUGUGCUUAUUUGGAUCGUCUUGAUACGACUGGUCCGAUAUCGGUAUCCGAAGAAUCCGUUUGCGAAGAAAAUUAUUCCCACGGAAAUCAAAGAUGUGGCGUCCAGCGAUGUCAACGUACAGCAGUCCGAGUGUAUUCAAAUCAUUGAGCGGCACCUGGAGGAGAUCAUAAGACACUGUAUAGUGCUGGGUAACCGGAGCAUCGCCCACAAAUGUGUCAAGUUCGUUAGUGUGGCCUUGGAGGGUGCCCAGAAUAUGAUCGAUAAGGACGUAUGCAACUCCUUCGAGAAGGCACUGAAGCAAACCAUCAUCACCUGUUUGCCGGAGAUCGUCCAUUCGAACCAUGCCGGUGCCAUGCGUUGGUUCACGCUGCUGAUAUCGGGUGUGUCGACUUGCGAUUCGCACGGUCCCAUUUCGGAUACGUGCAUUGCGCUGUUGAAAGACGUUGCCAACGAAAUGCGCAAGCGAAGCAAUCCGUACACGGCUCUGCUGCGGACACGUUUCGGACUGUACGGUUCACCGUUCGAGGCGGAGAUUUUCGACUCGCAGCCACUGACUUCGAAGAAUACCAACAUGACGUACACUUGUUCGAUUACGAAAACCACCGGAACCGGAUCGAACAAUCAAUCCAUUGAUUUACGGUCGGUUUGCAUUGCCGAUGGAUCGGAGCUUAAGUUCCUUCCGUUGCAGUUGAGACGCAGAGGAAUCGGUAAUCAUUUCAAGGGACUGCUGGAAGUUGAACCUUUACAUUACGUGUGUAGCUCCACGUCGGAUGCCACUCGAUUGGAGAACGUUGAUGCCAACAACAUCCAGACGACCAACAUCAUCGAUGAUUUCCUGAUGGAAAACAGCACCCAGCAGAACAAUAUCGAAACUGUAUCGAAUCACAUCAAGAUGGAUGACAAGGAAAACCUGGACGACGAUAUGAUGAACAACGUGAAAAAUAUUCUGGUGGAUAAAAUAUUCUAUUCGGCACUGAAGAAACAUAAGAUGAAAGAUGACAUCAACGAGGCGAAAAAGAUGGUGGAAGAAAUUGGUGCGCAGAAUGAAAAUUUCAACGAUAUCGAAAGUUGGGGUCCCUCGAACGAGCCGCGAAUUGUGUUUGUCGGAGAAAAUGGCAAUGAUUCAUCGAUAAUCUAUCAUAAAUCGCAGGCAUCGAUUGCUUUGAACAAUAAGAUCCAGGAAUUUUUCGAGGACAGCAAUGCUGAUGAACACGCCAAUGGGCUUCCAUGGCAUAAACUGUUGAGUACGCCACCGAAGCAGACCAUUGUGGUGGACCGAAUGCACUCGGGAGCGAUGCGAUACAUUACACUGGACUUUGGAGCCCCAAUAAUGCUAACCGAUCUAAUCAUUCCAGCUUCUUCGGAUCUUGCCUCGCUGUUUAUUGAUGUGUGGUGCUUUGAGGAAGAGGCAGACAGCGUACGGUUGGUUGUUUCCCAGGAUAUCGGAUCUCGAACGUUGGUUUUAAGUGAUCUUCAGCCUCCGCCAAUAUGCCGUUAUCUGAAAAUAACCAUCACCGGCCGAUACGGGAUGUCAGCUACCAGAUGCCGGAUACCGAUGGGUUCAUUCUACGGGCACAUCGUAAUUUUGGAUCGCGAAUGCUACGGAGAUCCGGUAAUGAAGUAUCUCAAAAACAAGAAAAGCAAUCUGCCGGCUCAGGUCAAGAUACUCAAAGCACUGUACGAAGACGUUCACUGUCGGUAUUGUUUGUCGAGUAGCAAACUGAUGGAUCUGCUCCAGCCCCUGAUCAACAGUGAAUCGUCCAACAUUGCUCAUAUGCAGGCAUUCCUGAAUCGCAUCAAGGAGAACAAUGGAGAUUCGGCUGGUUCAAGCAACACCAAUGUGCAAUACCAUGACAAUCACAAGGUUUACACGGUUUACGAGGAAUGCAUGGCUUUCCAGCAUCAACUGAAUGUCAUCAAGCGCGUCAUUGAUCGAAUCAAGGGACCAAUUCCGGCAGCGGAACUACCGAAACAGCUCAAUCCGGGUUCAGAUCUGUCUCCGAUCUACACCGACAAACUUCGAGUGCUCAGUGAAUGUCUGAUUGAAACUUUGCUGCAUCUCAUCACCACCUACGGUGUUCAAAAUGUUACCAACAUCUACCAGCACUUUGACCAGGAUACGUCCAACCUUCUGUUCGAUACACUCGUGAUUAACGGUGACACUCACAUCCAGUUGGCUACGUGUUCGAUGUUGGUUCGAAUGUGUUGUUUUCAGCCAUGGUGGGGCGAGUUUCUGGCUGAUAAAUUCCUGAAACUGUACUCAUCUCAAAACAGUCGCAUAUUCCCGCAGGAUCGCGUCUUCUUUCUGCUCACUUAUCUCGGUCGCAAAAGUAUUUCGAUGGGAAGCUGCCGGUCGAUUGUGAUCGAUGCCAUUCUGAAAAGUUUGGCCACUCUGCUGGCACCGCUUUCGCAGAACAGUACCAACGGAUUGAACAUCUGGUGCAACACGGAUCUGAAUCUGCUGGGUUGGAUUCUGUUGUUUCUUUCGGUUUGCCUCGAUGACGGAACACCCGAAGGAAAAAAGGAUCAAAGCAACAUGCGGUGGGAUUUUAUGUCGGGUGAAACCGAUAUGGUCAAGGCCCGGUUAAACAUGGGCAACGGAGGCUUGCGAACGCUAACUAGAACAUUCAAAAAACGUUUCCUGCAGAGUAAACACUCCAGUACGAGUUUGGGCAGUGGGGGCAGUAGUAACGCCGUGGCCGAGAAGAUGUACACGAUUCACGCGGAUGCACUUCAAGGUACCGCCAGUAAACUGGAGAUGGCACUGAAGCAGCAUGAGAACCAACUGAAGAAAUUGCAGAAUAGCAUGAAUUUUGCUAAUUAUUUCAAUGAAAUCGCCAAAGGAAAAUCGAUUCGAAAUCCCAGUAGCGCAGAGGGCGGAUCGAGGAGUUCACACUCCGGUGGCAGUGGUUCGAAAGACAGUUCGGAUGGAAGUGCCAAUGAUAAUGAAACCGCUUUCGACAAGGGUUUAAAAUCGUUGAAGAUCGGAAACAUAAUCGUAGUGAUACGUGGCUUGAUCGGUUUGAUCUUGAGCAUGGAUUUUACGUGUAACAUGGAUUUGUUUUUGAUCACUUGUAAGAUCAUUGCCCGUUUGGUGCUAGCUUGUAGACCGGUUGUACAGUUGUCGAAAAUCAUCACGACCAACCAGUUGCUGCAGUUGGUGCGGAUCGCAGUUUGGGAGAAUCAACAGCAACCAUGGGCGGUCCAUGCCAUUACUUGUUUGCUGCAGGAUGUACUCGAAGCGGACAAGAACUACAAAGACGAUGAGAACGAUUCGGGAAACUCCAGUGGCGACGAAGCCUCGGCGUCGGCUGAACCCAGUUCAUCGGCUAGGCCACCGGUGCCGGAGACGGCGUUCAAACCGAUCAUACACAACAUUCAGGUCACGAAGGACGUUAGCUACGCGGAUGCAGUGAAAAAUCAGCUGCCGUCGUUGAUGGAAUGUGACGAUGCCGAUAUGGAAGAUAUUUUGAUUCUGGAUGAUAUGUUGGAGCGUGAAAAGCGAGUGUUUAAAAAGGACGCCGGUACGAGCAUUGCGAGUGGAAGGAAUGGAUUGACGUUCUUGUAUAAGACUGUUUCUUCGGCGAUGGAUGCACGGUUAGAGACCGGUUUGGAUACCAACGUGGAAAUUACUUUGCGGAGAUUGGCAAUGAAAGCCACUUUCAAUCUGAUUGCGAGUCUGCCUCAGAUAUCCGCUGCAGAUUCAUUGAACAACACAAAUCUGGUCGAGCUUACUGCCUGGCCAGAGGCGAUUGUGGAAGCCUGGUCCGGAGCUGAAUACCAGCAAGGGUUUGAAACAAACGCUAUGCUUACCGAAGUGUUCGAUAAUAUUCUGUGCGAUCUGCACCUGGUAGAUUCAUGGUUGAAUUUGGAGAAGAUCCUGCAGCUUUGGUUGACUUUGAAUGGGGAAACCCUCGAACAGGUCCCAGGUAGCAACGCGCCAGGAUUGAAUGCGUACUCGUUCCCGAAAAUUCCCUUCGGAGAUCGAGCGGUUCACGGUCUUCUGAAGGCGUUGGCCUCCCAUCCGAACAUUAAACUGAGAGCCUGGUGUCUGGGUUUUCAAUGUUUGAUACUGGCCUGCAAGCCACACUUCGAAGCCGACUAUAUGGACUCAAAUUCCACAACCAGUGAUAAUCAUUUCCGCAAAAUGGGCAAUCUAAUUGUGGGCGAUGACAACUUUGAGAAAAUGCUGUUGCGCUUCUUUUCCGGAGUAGAUCAAUCGGUUUCUUCGUUGGAUAGCAACCGUUAUGCUGGUCCCACUGUGUGCAAGUUGGUUCUGGAGUUAUUCAUCUGGUUGGAGCUCAAGUGUAAUGUGAAGGAAAAACUGAAGGAAAUCUUGCUAAAGGUGAUUCUACAUCUGGUGCAGUUCGGCGGUGCUAUAUCCAACCAGCAAGGACCUAUCGAUGCCCAAAGUCAACUAAUAAAAGAGCUGCUAUCGUUCUCGUACGACAAGGGCGACCUUGGCGUUGCGAUGAGCAUCAUCGAAUGUGUUUCACAUCUGGUUUACAACAACAUCGUAAACGUGGAGAAGUUGUACUGCUAUCGUGGAUCGGAAACGAGCAAUUCCAACAAUAUGUUCGGUACCCGCUUUGGCAGUUUGUUCGCGACUGUGCUUGGUUCGGAGAAUGCCCGUCAGUGCAAGACCGUCACGGAUAACACACUGCUGAUUGAUCUAUUGAAGCUGGCUUCCAUUCUGGUGAACACGAAAAAUCCUCGCACCAGCGAGGAAAACACCACGGCUUUCCACGAGAAUGCUCCGUUCAACGAAUUGAACACAUCCAGCGAGAGUCAAACGGAUGAAAUCAAGGCUGAGCAGCAGCACUGUGAACCAAGACCAAAGACGCCCUGUUUCGCGGACACGGUUUUGCAGCACACACCCACCAUGACGCGACUGUUGAGCUCCCUGUCGCAUUGUUCAAAUUCAUCAUUCGCAAUGUUGGUAGCAUCGUCGAUGUAUUCGUCAACAAUGAGCGAAUCGAAAAACAACACCCUCAGUGAACCACAAACCGUAGCCGAUGCUGUUUUUCAACUUCUGCUGUACCUCAGCCGGUCGGCCACGCAGAACAUUUUGGUGGUGAAACCCUUGUUCGAUUACAUCAACAAUGCCACUAGCAUGCGACAUGCUAUGCCAAAACUACAACUAUCGGAACCGUUUCUAUGGUUUAUCCUUAAAGUUCUCGAGACAUCUUCAUCCGUAGGAAUCUUUACCGAAAUGGGUGGCAUUAAGGUGCUGUGUGAAAGUUUGGUUCGAAGUAACCGGGCACUGAUCAACACCCAACCGAGUCUGGUAUCGAUGAUCAUGCAGCGUUUGUCCAAGUCGUCGAAUCUACAAACCACACUUGCCAGUUCAUCGAAAAAGAGUACAAUCACCACUCCACGUAACGAAGAUGGGCUCAUCAAUUUCGCACCAUACUGCACGAUAUCGUCGGAGAAUCAAACAGCCCAGCCAGCGGAUGUGCUGAUCCAGGCUCCCAUCGCAUCCCACAGGCGAGCUCGGAAUCCUGCCUGGAGCUACCUGUUCUACCCGAAUGAGUCUCAUGUCGAUUUAACAAUCACACUACCAACGGCUGUUUUGCUAAAGGAGAUUCAACUACAACCCCACCUUUCCACGCUUGCUUCUUGUCCGUCGGCUGUGGCCAUCGAAAUCACCCGGGAUAGCAAUCUUGGUCCUAUUCCUAUCACGCAACCAAUAUCAACGGUUGGAAUGACUUGUAUUCGCCUGAAAUUUGCCCAACCAGAAAUAGCAACUAGUGUCAUAAUUCGUCUCUAUCGACCACGGGAUGCUACAAACAUUGGAUUGACGCAGAUAUCGGUACUGGGCACAACGACGUUCAGUGAUGUAAAUUACGGAACGGGAGCCGGACCGAGCUGGGCUAGUGGAGCACCGGCCAUUGGUAUUCCGAAACCGGGUAGUGACGGGCUUGAGUAUCAUAACGAUGACGACAAAGUGGCGAGAACCAGCUUGGGAUGGCUCCGGAUACUGGCACAGUGUUUCAGCGUAGUGAUUUAUGCAUCCGAUCAACAGCUCUCCAAUCGAGUGAUUGUGGCAGCAACCGAAGUUCCCGGUUUCCUCGAAGCUUGCUGUUCGCUACUGAACAUCGCACCAAGCAGCCCGAAUUUUGCCCUACAAAACCUGGAGACGGUUCUGCUCAAACUCGGAUUGCACAGUCGCGAAUUUGGACUGAAACUAAUCAAUAUUCUUCUGAAAGAAAGCAUUCCACAAACGUUCCAACUAUGCAAUGACUCAAUAUCGGAUCUCCUGUAUCAUCUGUGCACGACUCAAAACGAGUACACCCGUGAUCGUUUGGAAGCGAUUUUACUGUGGGUUCAGCGGCUGUUCGAACGAUACCAUCAAAACCAUACCUAUCGAUUUAUACUGCAUGCUACCAAUCCGUACAGUGGAUUUAUCAAGUGUCUAGCUUCAAUUCUGUGGCAAGUCUAUGCGAUCGAUCUCAUUCCGGAUCUUCCCAACAUGAUAACGAAGGAGCUAUUCGAAACCCUUUACGAUUGGAAUCAGGAGCUAGAGCAUGACGAACCACUGAAAAAGGCGAUCGAUGCGGUGCUGUGUUCGGUAUGUUGCAUUCGACCGGAACUGUUUACAAUGCUGCUGAAGAGGAUGGCUGUUUUGGUGCCUAACCUGUCGACGGAUUUGACUGCAUCGAUCUCGGAUGAUCGCAAAGAUGGCGAAUGUAUGACGGAUGACAUCAAGCAGGAAGAGUCGGAUGCUGCUGAGUGGUACAGUCAUUUUGUGAUUGAAGAUCUUUCGCGGUUAAAUCUGUCGAAAUCGCAGUUGACUACCAUCUCCAUGGCUUGCCAAUCGCCACUGGCCGUACAACAGCUGAUCGAUUCCGGUCUGCCGAAUUUGCUGACCUCUGUUAUAUUGGAGUUUUGUCAUCGUGUUCUGAAUGGCAUCAAUAAAAGUCAAAGAAGUAAAAUUUCCUCCAGUAGUUUCGAGCGUGAAAAUCAGGAAAUGUUUGAGGAACAACAUCCGGCUGCUGCAACUUCUGCCGCUGGUGGUGAUCCGGGAGAAUCUAGUUCGUGCAUGACCGACGCCGACAAGGAACACCACAAAUACUCGAGUUGCAGCUCAAGGGAAAUUAGCUAUCCCAUGGUCAACAUUCAGAAAGUGACGGAAAUCUUAGAAUUUUUCACCGAGGUCUGUUCCGAAGGUCACAUGCGGGACUGGCUAGGAUGCUUCGAAGGUUCGAUCUUCUGGGAACCCAUUCUUUUACUACUGUGCAACAAUAAACUAGCGAACAUCACUCCGGAUGUGACACCCCAGGCAUGCCUCGACCUGGAAGAAUGCCUUAUCAAGUUCCUUUCUAAAGUUACGUCUUGCCAUCCAAAGAACCAAGAAGUGCUAACCGUAAAUCUUAUUUCCGUCAUUCGUAAAUCUGAUUCUAACACCAGCACGAACAACAGUGCGGCCAGUCUGAGCAGUGGCAGCAAUCGGACCUCGAACGGUGGCAAGUCAUGCAUUUCGGGCUUCACACGUAGGUUAGUGUUACAGAUUCUGCUAGAGAGCGAGAAGAUUAUGAUCGCUGUACGCAGCGACCUACCGCUGCAAAGUAAAGAUCACAAUUUAUACAACGUAAGCCAUCACCCUUCGAAACGGCCAAAUGCGCACUUCCUGUUGUUUUAUGUUAGCACUAAUUGCAAGUGCCAGGAAAUUCUGGAUCACUGCACAACGGUAUACAAUCAGAUAAUACCAAAUCUGCCAUCGGAUAGUCGUGUUGGUGAGGUGUUGGCCGGGUCUUCUGGUGCUACUCACGUAGCCGGUGGUAGCGAUAGCCGUAAGGAACUUUGGGAAAUGGGGCUUGGAAUGGAGUUCCUUAGUGUCGCUGCCGGUGUUACUGCCAAGGACAAGCGUCUAAAGGAGGCAAAAAAUCAGGCGACCACUAUGAAGCAGAAGGAUAUCAUGUCCAUGUUUAAAAUGAAAAUUGAUGAUCCCAAGCUUAGUGCUCCGGAUGGUGUUGCCCUGACUCAUACCGCCGUGCCGAACGGACUGAUCACAAGCGACGCGACUAUAUCGCAAAUAUUAGCAAUGCUCAAAUCGGUCGGCAUUUCACUGUCAACGCCGUGCAUCAACUUGAAUUUAAUCGAGUCGAAAAAUAAAUCCGACAUCGAUUUAACCUGCGAAAGCAGUAGCUCAUCCACCGCCACUCCACUGCUCAAAGCAGCCGAUUUCAUACCUCUUCCAUCACCACUGCAAAUUUUCUCUAGCCGAGGCGGCCUAUCGCUGCUAGCCCACUUUUUGCCAACGGUUUAUCCCGAGACACCGAAGUCACAGCAACAGCUUGGAGAUAAAGAAAAAAGUCCACCCGGCAAUGAUUGGGUAAAAGUCGAACAAAACGAGGAAAUCUACGAAGACCUGGAUGAUUUCCUGGCAGAAUCGUUACCGAAAACCCAAACGAUUUCUGCAGUUCCGCAGCAUUCGCUGGCUGCGUUUGCACUGUUCCUUAAAUUGCCUGCAUAUUCGGAAGUUUUGCUAAGGGAUAAGGUUCGCGCGCAGUGCCUAUUACGUUUGAUCCUCGGUGUAACCGGUGACGGAGAAGGAAAUGAGAUCUACAGUUUGGCACUUUCGUCAUCGUUACCCACACUUCCGUUUGAAGUUUUUCGUCAGUUACUUGAUAGCUCUCCAUUGACGACCGAUGAUGGAGUGCUGCUGCGACGAAUGGUGAUUGAGGUCGGUGCAAUUCAUCUCGUCCUAAACUGCCUGAGCAUCUUCACGCAUCAUAACAGUGGAAGUUCCAGUAGCAAUUCGAAUUCUUCUGAUAAUAUUCAAACCAGUGCUAGUAAUAAACCAGCACCGGUUGCCAAUGGAAACAGUACUGAGGAGCAAUUCAAUUCGGAUGACAAGAGCCACAUGUAUUGGGCCAAGGGUACUGGCUUUGGGACAGGCUCAACACAACAGUCAUGGAAUGUGGAGCAAGCACUUCUACGACAGAAAAGCGAAGAAGAACACGUCACGGUUCUUCUGCAGGUACUUUCAAGUUAUAUCAAUCCUGGCGAUAAGAUACCUUUGAACCUAGACAGUGAUGAGUUGAGCUAUCGAGAAUGCAGUGAAACUCUUCCGGAAUUACCUCCAAUAUUUUUGGAUCUUCUGCAGCAAUCCUGUUUAAUACCAGCACUCAGUUCAUAUCUGCGAAAUGAUUCAGUAUUGGACAUAACGCGGCACAUUCCUUUGUACCGAGCGAUUCUACAACUUCUGCGCGCCAUUUCUCUUUCGAAUCAACUGUUAUCGCUGUUGGUGAACAAGAACAACGAAGGAAAAAUCUCCAUCGCAUCGUUGCUGUCCAACAUGAAAGCAUGCGUUGAUACUUACGCGAGUCGACUGAAAGUCAACAAAAAGUCGAAUCUAAAAGGGCAAACACAAAAAAUCACCGUCAGUUUAGACGAUGGCGAUGACGAAGGACUGGCACUUCUUAUACCGGAUAUACAGGAAACAUCGCUGUUGGUGCAAAAUGCGACUAACAUAGAAGCGGCGGUAUCCGAAGAAGAACAGAAGGAGUUUAUACAAAGACCGAUAGCUAAAUCUGUCGAGGAAAAGUAUUUGGAAUUGAUGAAGGCGCUCCAAUUCGACACCUUUGAAAUGAUUGCUGAAACCGACAACGGUUACCGGUUCACCAUUUCACAUCAUUUUGAAACCAACGUACGCAUGGCCGGUGAUCGAGGUCAUCCUGGUCGUGUGAAACGGCUAGCACAAGAAACGGUCACCCUUUCCACCAGUUUGCCUCUAUCCUACAGUAGUUCCGUUUUUGUGCGCUGUGAUACCGAUAGGCUAGACAUAAUGAAAGUAUUAAUCACCGGUCCGGCGGACACACCGUACGCAAACGGUUGCUUCGAGUUCGACGUGUACUUCCCACCCGACUACCCGAACUCACCGAUGAUGAUAAACCUAGAAACUACCGGUCGAAACACGGUGCGAUUCAAUCCGAAUUUGUACAACGAUGGCAAGGUGUGCUUAUCAGUUUUGAACACCUGGCACGGGCGACCGGAGGAAAAGUGGAACGCGCAUACAUCGAGCUUCCUGCAGGUACUAGUCUCAAUUCAAAGCCUCAUAUUGGUUCCGGAACCAUACUUCAACGAACCUGGUUUCGAAAGGAGCCGUGGCACGCCGAGCGGUUCACAUAGUUCACGGGAGUACAACAGUAACAUAUACCAGGCUUGUGUGCGAUACGCAAUGCUCGAACAGUUGAAGAAUCCGUGUCCCUGUUUCAAAGAAGUGGUUCAUACUCACUUCUGGUUGAAGCGGAACGAAAUCUGUGCACAAAUUGAAGACUGGAUCGCAGAGCUUAGUAAACCGCUGCAGAACGAACGCACCGGCCGGACGAUCUCGUUUAACGCAAUGGUAUUGCGUAGACAGUACAGACAGUUGCGCGAAGAACUGGCCAAACUGGCCCCACCCGAUGGGCUGGACGAGAUCGAUUAUCCCUUCAGUGCUGGCAUCACACCGACGACUCCAUCCAGCCAAAUCGGUGGUAGUUCCACGAAUUCACCGCCGGAGAAGCUAGUGACUGAGCCGAAGGAAAACGAUACGAUGGAUUUCAAACUGAGCGAAGAAGCAAUCGACAUGGAUGUUCAAUACGAGGCAGAUGAGAUCAUUGUCAAACCGGACUCCGAUGAAGUAGACGAAGAGGAAGCUGGUAGUACUGGUAACGAUAAGGGAACUAGUAUUCCGGAUGAGGUGCAGGAUGAAAAUCCGGAUUUGUCACCGGAAGAAAUUGUUCUCUCGAUGGUGUGGUAAGUUUCUUAACCUUUUAGUGUUCGUGUCGUGCAUGUUGUGGUCGUUCGAUUCUGCGUUUCUCCGAUUGUUGGCGGAAGAUAAAAGGUCCCUAAUACAGUCCGUGUGCGCUACGUGUGACCGUGCAGUAACAGGUUAAAACUUUCCGGUCUUUUCGAUGAUUUUUCAGAUUUUAGAAAAUCCAAUUGUGUGGCCUCCACCCGUGGCUAACUAAAAUGAGGCAAACGCUUGCAAAAAAAAAACAAAGAGGCAAAUCAGCUAGAACUAUUUGUAGCGAAGCAAAGUCCGUGCUAUGAAAGACCACAUUAAUAAUGUAGUAGGGAAGCAAAAAUCCAGUAUAAUAUACGAGAGAAAUGAUCCAACACAUAUAGAGAAAGAGCGCUCAGUUUAUCGACAAAACGAUAUCAAUUGAAUUGAUGAUGUGAAUGCUUAAAAUUUUAAAUGAUACAGAAAAUAAACUAAAAACUUAGCCAUACUAAUAAAUCAGAGAAAAAAUGUUUAUUCCAACUACGUUUCGUUGACUGUACUUGUAGGGGCAAAUAAUUGUUUAUUUAUUUAUUAAAUCCAAAAAGUGUAUCUCAAUCACGAUAAAUGUAAUUAGGUUUUGUACUUCUGUACAACUCGUACUGGGGUUUCAUUUUAUCAUUAAAAUUCAUGGGAUAUGUGAUCACUCAUUUUUCAUUGUACUUUUAUCAAUUCGUUAAACAAAUGUUGAACCAACGGAUACGCUUUUCGGAUUAUUUUAGUGAUUAACUUUACAACUUGCUUUUUACGACAUUGAUCAGUACACUCCCAGUGGAAUGAGAGCGAGUGAGCGAAUAACGAUACUGCGUUGAAUUUGAUUGUGGAAAAAAAUACAUGUAGCAGUAAAUACAGAUCAACAUACAAGUAAAUUAAAGCCGAAAUUAUACAAAAUAAAAAACCAUCUGAUAUGGAUAUUAUUGUAUUGUACUAGUAAACAAGACAAAGUAAUUGAAUCAAAA